AUCCAUUCCAAAUUUCCAAGCUUAAUUGAUUGCCGUAUCAUUAAAAUAUCAUACGUAGUCUUUUUAGUGACAUCUGGUUCACAAAUCACACCCAAACAGAUUCUCUUCCUCUCUACCAAAAAUCUUUUGAGAACCCUUUCCUUUUUUUUUUGUUCUUUCAUCCUUGACCCCUUCUAAAUAUUGACUCUUUUGCUAAAAUCUUGUGGGUAAAAGGGUACUUUGAGGAGAAAAGUACAUAACAAAAUCCUAAAAAUAGAGGGUUUUUUUAAAUAAAAUAAAUUGAUUGAUGGCUGAAGAGGGCAUUAUUGCAUCUGGUAUAGAUUUACCAGUGAAAAGACCAAGGGAAGAAGAACAACAACAAGAAGGAAAAAAUAUGAGUGAAAUUAAUGGAAAUGAGGUUUCUUCUGUUUCAAUGGAGACUGAAAAUUCCAACAAGCAACUACCCGAUUCCUUCUCUUCUGUUAUUCCUGGAUGGUUUUCUGAAAUUAGUUCAAUGUGGCCUGGUGAAGCACAUUCACUGAAAGUGGAGAAAAUUCUGUUUCAGGGGAAGUCAAAAUACCAGGAUAUCAUAGUCUUUCAGUCAUCAACAUACGGAAAAGUUCUUGUUUUAGACGGGGUAAUUCAGCUCACUGAGAGGGAUGAAUGUGCAUACCAAGAGAUGAUCACUCAUCUCCCUCUUUGCUCAAUUUCAAACCCAAAAAAGGUUCUUGUUAUUGGAGGUGGAGAUGGAGGUGUCCUGCGUGAAGUAGCUCGCCAUCCAUCAAUUGAACAUAUAGAUAUGUGUGAAAUUGAUGAGAUGGUAGUAAUGGUUUCAAAGGAAUUUUUCCCUGAGGUAGCUGUUGGAUAUACUGAUCCCCGAGUAAAUUUGCAUAUUGGUGAUGGAGUCGCAUUCUUGAAGGAGGCCCCAGAGGGGACUUACGAUGCUGUUAUUGUCGACUCAUCUGAUCCUAUAGGUCCAGCUAAAGAGCUUUUUGAGAAGCCCUUUUUUGAGUCAGUUGCAAAGGCUCUUCGACCGGGAGGGGUUGUGUGCACUCAGGCUGAAAGCAUAUGGCUACACAUGCAUAUUAUAGAAGAAAUCGUUGCAAACUGUCGUCAGAUUUUCAAGGGUUCCAUCAACUAUGCAUGGACUACAGUUCCUACAUAUCCAAGUGGGGUUAUGGGUUUCAUGCUUUGUUCAACCGAGGGGCCAAAAGUUGAUUUUAAGCACCCAGUGAACCCGAUUGAUAAAAUUGCUGACCAUGAAAAUGAGAAGCACCCUUUGAAAUUCUACAACUCAGAGCUUCAUUCUGCGGCUUUCUGUUUGCCCAAUUUUGCAAAGAAGGUCAUUGAAUCAAAAUCCAAGUAAUCCACGAUGAAGGUGUUUCGGAGUGAGUAGAUUUCAUUUGGUUAAUUUAAGCAGAGAAUAAGAACCUUUAUUAAACUUUUUGAACAGAUAAAUCAAAUUUUAUUGAUCAGAGAUGCUCGUAUGAUAGUUUUAGUUUUGAAACUUGGAAUUUCUGCCGUUUAAAGCAAAACUUUGAACUCA